AUGGAUGAGUUGAGCGAUGGUGAAAAGAAAAGGAUGAAGGAGGAGUUCGACAUGCUUUUUGCCAUACCUGAUGUUGAAUUUGGCAUUCCGAAGAGAUGUGCAUGUGGUGGCGGAAUCACUAAGGAGAUUUCUCAAACAAAAGCUGACACAGGGAGGAGAUACUUCACAUGCAAACUGCGUUAG